UGCACCAAUCCAGCAGUUCACCAUUUCCGUGAAACAGUGCUCUCAGCCAUGGACAGAGAUGCCGAUUAAAGGCCGACGUCACCACCUCCGGACGCUGAAACGACCGAAGAGAGCAAAACGCGUCCGACCGGAGGCGAAGGCGGACGUCCACCACGCGCUCCAUGCGUUCGAGGUGUCCGAUCCAUUGGACCAUGCAGAGACCGACCUGCAAGCCUAUCGUCACGUCCAGCCCAUUCUGACGCUGUUGGCCAAGAAGCUUCGCUUAAAGCCCAGGGAACUGCGGAUUUGGGAUCCCUAUUUUUGCAAGGGAACCGUGGUGCAGCACAUGGCGAAGCUGGGAUUUGACCAGGUGCGGAAUGUGAAUGAAGAUUUCUACAAGGUGCAAGAAGGGGAUCUUCCGGACUACAACGUGCUGAUGACCAACCCACCCUACUCCUCCGACCAUUUACAACGAUGCCUAGACUUUUGCAGAAGGGCUGGUAAACCCUUUCUCCUGCUGCUGCCCUGCUGGGUGGCCAAAAAACCUUACUUCUCCACGCUAAAGCCUCUUGAAGAGUCUAUGUUUUUUGUGGUGCCCCUGCAGCGAUACAGCUACACCAUGCCUCCUGAUUUGGUCCCAGCUUCAUGUAAGCCCUCUUGGGUUGGAGAAGAUGGGGCUACUUCGCCUUUCUUAUCUGCUUGGUAUGUCUGCGUGCCGAGUAUGCCCAACUUUUUCAAAGCUGCGAAGACAGUCAUGGAUCGGGAAGGACCUUUUGAUUGUGUCCUUGUCAAGAGCCUUCAAGCCUCAAAAUGGAAGCUCAAGAAGGCCGGCCAAACCGGAGAAGCUGAAGCGCCGAACACCGCAAGAGCUGGUACCAACAAGAGAUGCAACAAGAGGAGAGUUGCUUCCAAGAAAAGAACAGUGCCAGGGACCAUAGAGUUUGAUUGAGGUGAUGGUUCAAGUGAUGAACCACAGUGAAGCACUGUGAUGUCGUGGCUGCCUUCCAUUCUGUGUGAAUGGGCUUGAACGACGUGACCACCGAGGCACAGAAGACGACCGAUCGGAGAUCAAAGAUCGGAGAUCGGAGAUCGGUCGAGAAAAGUCGAAGCAGAGACGGUUUGGAGUUGAUGUCAAUGCGGUGUUUGGCAAAUCUCC